AUGGAUAGAAUAUUAAUUGCCACUGAAAUUCUAUCGCGAGGUGUAGACAUCAAUGAUACAAUGUGUGAUUCAAGACCAUUGCUUCAUUUUGUAGCUCAAUCAAACAAUACGAAAAUGAUGGAUUUUCUUAUAUCACAUAAUGCAGAUAUAAAUGCAAAAGACAAUUGGAAAAGAACCCCUCUUCAUGCUGCAGCAAUAGAAGGUUGUAAAGAUGCGGUGGUAUUUCUUAUUUCACAUGGUGCAGAAAUUAAUGCAAUUGAUGAUAUUGGAAACACGGCUCUUCAUUAUGCUGCAGAAAAAAAUUUUAUUGACAUUGCAGAAUUACUUCUUUUGAAUGGUAUUAAUGUCAAUAUAAAAAAUAACUAUGGGAUUACUGCAAUGCGUUAUAUAAGAGCACAUGACAAUUUUGAAAUGGCAGAACUUCUUAUUUCUAAUGGUGCGGAUAUAAAUUGUAUAGAUAAUUUUGGAAGAUCUCUUAUUCAUAAUGAAAUUACAUAUGGGGUUUUAAUUAAUCUUCCACAUUUAUAUUUUCUUAUUUCACAUGGAAUAGAUGUAAAUAUAAAAGAUUUUCAACAUUGUACUCCUCUUCAUUAUGCCGUAGCAAAUUGUAAUAUCAGAGUAAGUGAAAUUCUUAUUUCUCAUGGAGCUGAUAUUAAUUCAAAGGACUUUGAAGGGAACACUCCCCUUCAUUAUGCAGUUUCAAACAAUAAUAUGAGAUUUGUAGAAUUUCUUAUAGACCAUGGUGCAGAUAUUAAUGCGACAAAUAAUAAAGGAAGAACUCCUCUUCAAAAUGCCUCAUACAGGAAUAAAAAGAAAAUAAAUAAAAUUCUUUUCUCUCAUGGAAUUCUUGCAAAUUCAGAAGAUGUUGAUGAGAGCAAGGAGAAAGGAUGUAGAAUAUAG